GAGUAUCGAAGUCUGGAAUAUCGAAGUCUGGAAUAUCGGCCGCGUCAGCGCGUCUUGGCCGAAAUCCUCUGAAAACUCGACCUUCUCGCUGUGCGGCAGUAGCCAGUGGGAGAGACCGUCAGCAGACGGCACAGGCGACCCCAGGCCGGGCACGACUCUGAACAGAUAGCUAGAUCCUUCAUCCAUGGGUUGGAGACAAACGGGUUGGAGACAAAGUUGAAGGGUGGGUCGAUAGAAGGGGCGGCAUGGUCAUGGGAGGAACAAAGAGGGGAGGAAACUCUGAAAGGGGGGAGAAAAAGUUUUUCGAUUGUGGCGGCUUGCUCGACCAGGCCGACGAGCAAGCUGCUCUGAGCCCAGACAACGAGACGCGCCGCUCCGUCCGUGCUUGGGAGGCUUUUGACGAAAACGCGGCGAGUCCGUCCCGGCCCGAACACACGCAAAUGAAGCUCGUCGAGGAGCUGCAGGAGACGCUCCAGACAUACCGUGAGAUUCAUGGCAAUCUAUCAAAUUGGAGCUUGCACAGAUGCUUAGCAAGUCUCCGAACAGAAGAAGCACUGCUCAGACAAAGCCAAAUCGCUGCCCUCGAAGCACCAAAGAAACGAGCACGGGAUGUCGCGCAGAGCCAGUUCUACGACGACAUCAAAGACGAGUUUGGCCAAGUCACACGGCGCAGGCCCAUCCUCGCCGGACUUGCUGAGUCUCGACUAGCGAACUACAGCAGCCGAGAUCUGGUAGCUGUCCGGCGGCCAGCCGAAAAGGACCUCCUCUCGCGCUUCCUUCAAGACCAUUGGAUGUUCAAGGUAAUUCUGCCUCCAACCGGCCCUAUUCUGCCUCGAACCGGUCCUAUUCUGCCUCCAACCGGUCCCAGAGCACGAGUACAACUGAUACUCUACGGGUUUCUAACAGACAUCACCAAGACAACAAAAGUCUCCGACGAAACCGAGUACAUCAAAGAGCACCACGUCGCCUGAGUGGCCGCCGGCGCGAGCACCGUCGUUGCAGCGAUCCUGAUGCUCGGCGCCAUCGUGCUGCUGCGGCUUCUGCGCGACCAGGACGUCCAGCUCGGCGUCAUCGCCAUGUUCACGGUCCUGUUUGCCGCCAGCGUCGGCGUCUUGACCAACGCGCGGCGCGCCGAGGUUUUUGCCUCGACGGCCGCGUAUGCCGCUGUCGUAGUUGUGUUUGUGUCGUCGAGUCCGGGGAGUUGCAGUUGUUCGCCGGGAGACUGACUGUUCGGUCAUCGGGACUUGGGUGGUCACGUAGCAGUCGAGAGAUAUUGUCCUUGAGUCCUGG